CAGAGACUGCGGACACAGUACAGGGAUGACCAGAGACUGCGGACACAGUACAGGGAUGCCCAGAGACUGCGGACACAGUACAGGGGAUGACCAGAGACUGCGGACACAGUACAGGAGAUGACCAGAGACUGCGGACACAGUACAGGAGAUGACCAGAGACUGCAGACACAGUACAGGGAUGACCAGAGACUGCGGACACAGUACAGGGAUGACCAGAGACUGCAGACACAGUACAGGGAUGACCAGAGACUGCGGACACAGUACAGGAGAUGACCAGAGACUGCGGACACAGUACAGGGAUGACCAGAGACUG